CCCAAAUGUAGUUAGGGGAAUGUUGUAGGUUAUUGCUUGCCAACGUGGGCGGUGUCGAUAUGUUAGUUUAAAUAGGCGGAUAGAGACAGGUUAUUUAAUUCCCGCCUGGCAAUACUUAGAUCUUUAAUAACAUGUAGCCUAGAUGUAGUUUUGGCGUUACGAAAAUUUUAGCCUCUUAAAGUUGACAAAAGUGGGAACUGGCUAUUUAAAAACGAAAACAAACCAUGAAACGAAAACCAAACAAAAACGAAAACAAAAAACAAGAAGGUUGACAAGCUAUAGUGUAGGUCAGCUCGUGUUUAGAGAAGUGCUUGUGGGGAUAAGGAUGAUGGUGUCAUAGGUGAAAGUGACAAACGGUGGUAAUAUUAUGGAUAGGCCUAUUCUUGGGGUCAGAUGUUUAUAUCGCAUGGACUAUUUGGUGGUGUUGUAAUAAUCUUUACACCACUCUGGACUCAAUUUUGAUUACAAAUAGACUGUACACCUGUAUUCUUUUGCUUAAAAAAGAAAAAGGUAGAAAAAAAUAAUUAGCGUUUAAAAGCAAUCUUUCAACACGAAUCUCUUACUCUUCUUAUGAGUUUCUUUCAGACUAGUCAGUUGUCCAAUAACUUUAACAAACAUAGUGUCACCAGUGUGAGUGUAGUGGUGCGCUGCUUUUCGAUUCAAGUCAAUCUGAAUCUGCCCCCAGGACUACUUUCAUGUUGUAUACAAAGGAAUCACCCAACUCGGCUGUCUUACUGGACGCAAGGCAUACUGACACUGUUGGCACAAAAUGGCCGCUGUUCAAAAAGAGGCCCACAAAAAUCAUUAUCCAUGGUUUCGUCGAUGAUCCUGCCAAAGAGCUGUGGAUGAAGACUAUGAAAACCGAGUUCCUCAAACAUCACGAUUUCAACAUCAUCAUUGUGGACUGGCACCACGGGAAUCAGAUGCCGUAUACGCAGGCCACAGCCAACACGAGACUCGUCGGAGCUCAGGUUGCACUACUCAUUAAACAGCUGAAGGUAAGAUGAGUAAGAACAAGAUUGGGAAGUGAAGCAGGUCAUAGGAAAAUAAUAGAAGUCUGAGUUCGUGUGUGUGUGUGUGUGUGUGUGUGUGUGUGUGUGUGUGUGU